UUUUCAUCCCUUUAUUACACCAUCUUUGGAUAGAUCUGGAUAUCACGAAGAUUGUCUUUUUAGCGACAUCGGGGUAUACAAAUACUGCUUGAAACGAAACUUUGCUUCAAUUUCUACAGCUGACCUGUCAAGCUGCUGUCACAGCUGUCACUUCAGCCAUUGAUUAGUGGUAGGAAUACGAAAAUAUUGGUCUCGAGUAUUAAAAAAUAUUGUAUUUACUUGUGACUAGGCGCGCCAAAUGUGAUAAUGUUUCCUCGGUACAGAUUCUGUAAACAAAGGGUGCGGUAAGAAGUAUAUAACAUAUGGUAUAACUUUAUUGGAUGCUUAGCUAAACUUCACAACAGCUAGAAAAUGGAGUAUUCACCACAAAAUUUAGAAUAUGCUGUCUCUGUAUUCUAUAAUGGAGAGCAAAGUGAAAGAGCUAAGGCUCAUGCCUGGCUCACGGCCGCACAGCGGGUGCCAGAGGCUUGGAAUUUUGUCUGGGAGUUUCUUCAGCCAAGCAAGGGAACCGAAAUUCAAUUCUAUGCAGCAACAACUCUGCACACAAAGAUUCUUCGUUGCUGGAACGAGGUGCCACCAGAGAGCUACGAAGAGUUAAAAAACAAACUACUUGAGGCUGUGUUUACUUAUUCAAAAGGACCUAAGAUUGUAACCAAUAGAUUAUGUAUCAGUUUAGCAGCAUUUAUCUUACAACAAGGAACGGUAGAUCUGGCUGCGAUAUUAAGCCCUCUGUCUACUCCAGAGAACACUGCACGUUUAUUAGAAGUACUUACUGUGAUACCUGAAGAAUACAAUAGUAUGACAAUGGGAUCCUCUCUGAGAACCAAGAACCGCAUAGCAUUGCAACAAGCUUGCCCUGCGGUUUUAGAUGAUAUGCUGCGAUGCCUACAAGCUGUCUAUAAUCCUGAGUACACUAAGGAGGCUCCGUCGGAGGAGACGGUGCAGAACUGGGUGACGGUGGCGACGUGCGCGUGUAGCUGGCUGACGCUGGGCGGGGAGGACGCGGCCGAGCACCCGCGCGGCUCGCUGCCCGACCGCAUGCCGCUCUGUCGCGCGUUACUUGCCGUCGUGCAGCUACUGUCCACCUGGAACUCAGUAGUAAGCGACUCAGCACUGGACGCGUGCGAGGCGUGUCUGUCUGGCGUCCGCGCGGCGGCCAGUACGUCGGCUUCAGUGCGCUAUCCAGACUCCGCGCUGCAACUACUCGCGCACCUCGCCGCACUCACCGCGCCACUCAUGGCCAGGGAUAAUGUGCCCAACUCUGUCAAUGAGGAGCUGUUAUCAGCCCUGUUAACAUGCUGCGUAGCGGUGGGCGAGUGCCACGCGCACGCGCUGGUGACGGCGGCGGAGAGCGCGGACGACUCCGACACCACGCGCGGCGCCAGGCAGGUCAUUGAACUCAUACUGGCCGCGCAGGCCGCGCCCGGCCACUACCCCAUACACGAGACUCGCUCCAACCUCACCUUCGGCUUCUGGUACACACUACAGGAUGAACUAUUAAACCUGAUGGAUAGGACGAAUGACAUCCACCAAGUGUGGAAACAAGUGUUCUCGCGGUUGCUAGAGACGUUAAUCACCAAGUCAAUCGCGCCCGCUGACGCCGACCUCUCCAAGGAUGAUCUCGAACUACUGCGAUGCUACCGACAAGACACUGCUGAUUCUGUGGUUAGUAUUAAUUGUGAUAUGCUGAAUAUGCGCGAAAUUGAUAGGGUUAACUUGUACAAGUUUCCAAAUAUGUACUGCUACGGCGUGCUGGGCGAGUGGUGCUGGAGCAUAGUGCAGCGCAGCUACGAGGGCGCGGCGAGCGAGGCGGCGCGCGAGGCCGCGCUGCACGUGUUCGCGGCGCUGGCCGACGCCGCGCCCGCGCAGUGCGUCAAGCCCGCCCUGCUGCAGCUACUGCAGCACGCGCUGCACGCUGCGCAUACUGCCACCGCCAAACCCAUGCUCAGCACUGCACUCGACUGUCUCGGCGGGUACGCGACGUGGGUGGGGUCGGUGGCGGGCGCGGGCAGCGAGGCGUCGGUGUCGUCGCUGGGGCGCGAGUGCGUGCGCGCGGCGGGCGCGGCGCUGCCCCGCUGCCCGGCCGCGGCCGCGCUGGCGCUGCGCAAGCUGGCCGCCGACUGCAGCGGGCCCGCCGCCGCGCUCGCGCCCGACAUCGUACAGGCUGCACAGGGCAGCGGCAGUAAGUCUGACGCGUGGGUGCGGCGCCAGCUGGUGUCUGCGGCGGGCGCGGCGCUGGCGGCGGCGGAGCUGCCCGACGCGGCGCCGCUACUGCACGCACUCGCGCGCUCGCUGCACGCGGACCUCGUCGCGCAGGCGCAGUCCCCGGGCGGCGGCGCUAGCGCGGCGGAGUGCUGCGCGGCGCUGCUGGGGGCGCUGGCGCCGAGCGGGGCGCUCGCCGUGGACCUCUUCCGGGUGCUGGCGCCCGCACUGCCGCCCUACGCCAGUAAUGCCGCUCUUGUAGAGUCAAUGUUCCACAUACUGAAGCAGACGGUAUCGUCUCUAAUAGACGAGCUACUGCCGGUAGUGUCGGACGUGGCGGAGCUACUCAUCGCCGGCUUCAACACCUGCCCCUGUGCUUCGGGACUAGAUGUCGUUAAACUGAUGGUGAUGAGCGUGGGUGCGGAAUGGGCGGGGUGUCGCAACGUGCUGCGAGCGAGCGUGGCCCCCAGCGCGCGCCUGCUGACGCAGGAGCCCGCCGCGCGCCCCGACCUCACCGAGGGACUCUUCACGCUGCUGCAGACCAUCACCAAGAAGAAGCCGCACUACAUCGACUGGAUCGACGACAUGCUGCUCAAUCUCAUCGAGCUGGCGCUGCGCGCGGUCCGCGUGUGGGAGGCGGGCGGGGCGCGCGCGGCGUGCGGCUGGCUGAGCGCGCUCGCGGCACAGCGCCCGCACCCGCUGCAGCCCUACGCGCCCGCGCUCACCGCCACCGCGCUGCUCUGCAUUGGCGGAAUGACGCCUCGUAAUCAAAUCGAGCCGUUAGCGGAUUUGUUGUUGUCUUUGAACCGCGCGGCGUGGCGGGAUGCGGGGCAAGGAGCGGAGGCGGGGCAGGGGGCGGGGCUAGCCACGUGGCUGCGAAGCGCAUUGGCUGUGCCGGACUUCCCCACGCAGCACGCCACCGACCCACACAAGCACAAGUUUAUACAGUCCAUCAUCAAGGAAAAGAGCAGUAAACGAAGAAUAUUGGAGUCGGUGCAAGAGUUCUCGUUGGUAUGCCGAGGCCUCGUGGACACGGAGUAUGCGCGACAGACCAUCGCCUCCAAGCAACUAGUAGCGUAGACAAUACACUAACAAAACGUGGGGUAUAGACAUAAGGAGUACCAUCUUGAAUGAGAAAUUUCGCAUCAAAUUCCAUUAGAUACUUAAAGGGCCGGUGCUCAGAAUUUUAUUACUAAUUAAGUUAUUUUAAAUCUUAUUUAGGGUCAAUGAUACUUUAUUUCGAUACCACGAUGCUGCGACACGCCAUUGCAUUUCAUGAGACGAACAGAUCACUUUGGUUAAGGAAUCAAUGGACUUUCAGUAAAAUAUCACGGGAUACCACGGAAUGCCAUGACACGCCGCGGCAUGCCGAAUUUCAAUCUGGCGUACCAUGCCAGCAGUGAGCGCUGGCCCUAAUUGGUGUCGCUUCUGUAGCAUGUUAACUCUAUUGUAACUUUUCUAACUAUUAUUUUAAUAAAAAUGUUCUAUGGCUCACUAGAACACACAUUUUUUGAUCUAUUUUCUUGUGCUACUGUGGCGUCUCCUAUUUUGACAUAUCCUUUUACACAAAGAUAGUACUCCAUACUUCUAUACUCCAUGGUACAGUUUUAAAGUAAACAUUUCAUCUGUUGUACCGCGGUCUUCCCUUCGAUACAUAUUAGAACGCACCAAAGUUGACAUGUCACCUAUGCCCGAAUAUUGAAAUGCUACUCAAUUUUACUUGUACUUCAAUAUCAUGCUGUUUUUGUCGUUUAAAGUAUAUGUAGUAAUAGAUAUACUUUUAAAUGUGUUAAAAUUGAGGAGCGUUUGAGUAUUUGUUUGACCAUUAGAUACCUACAUUCAAAUGUCUUUGUAACGUUUUUCUAUCGCUUUUGAUGAUUAGAACAAACAGUAAUUGCAAUUGAAUUUACAUAUUAUGAUUAUGUACAUAAUUAAAUUACGUAUUAUUAACAAUAUUGACAUUGUAAAUAAUACAUGAAAACGUGAUAUCAUCUGUAUAUAGUCGUUAAAUGAAUUACUUAAUA